GGUGCAGCCUCCCUCUUUGCACAUGAAGUCUUUCAUCUCAGUGUUGCAGCCCUCGGAUGAUGGCAAGGACCCCUGAAGACAGAGAGAAGGGAAGCAGUCCUGUGGUCCCAGCAAGACUUUCUUCUCUGGGCGGCUAGUGUUCAUCCAGAUCCCUCCUCGGCUUGAAGUGGACGUUUCACCGCCUGGUCAGCAUGGCCACAGGGCCAGCCCUUGGCGUGUGUUUUCUGGUCUCGGUGGUCCUGAAUGCAGACGCCUUCUCAGUCAGCAGUUGGUGGAACCUGGUGCCCAGGAAAACGGUGCCCUACAAUGAACUAAAGGACGUGACCAAGCGUUUCUCCAGCGCGGGGGUUUCCAACUAUACAACGCUGACGUUGGCUGACCCCAAAGGCUUGCUGUAUGUAGGUGCGCGAGAAGCGAUCUUUGCCCUCAGCACCAGCAGCAUGGAACCUGAAGACAUGAUCCUCUGGGAAGCUCCGGCGGAGAAGAAAACAGAGUGUAUCCAAAAGGGGAAAAGCAACCAGACUGACUGUUUCAACUACGUCCGUCUGCUGCAGGCUUACAACAGCUCUCACAUGUACACCUGUGGGACUUAUGCCUUCCAGCCCAAAUGUGCCUACAUUGAUCUGGCCACCUUCUCCUUGGAUAGGCUCUCCUUUGAGGAUGGCAGAGGGAAAUGCCCUUAUGAUCCAGCCAAAGGGCACACCGGCCUCAUUGUGGAAGAAGAGUUGUAUUCAGCCACGCUCAACAAUUUUUUGGGCACAGAGCCUGUGAUCCUGAGAAACCUCGGCCCUCAGUAUUCGGUCAAGACGGAGCACCUGUCCACCUGGCUCAAUGAACCCCACUUUGUGGGCUCAGCCUUUGUCCAGGAGAGCAAAGGCAGUGACAAAGGGGACGACGACAAAGUCUAUUUCUUCUUCAGCGAGCGCGCGGUGGAGUACGACUGCGACAUUGACCAAGUGGUGGCUCGCGUGGCCAGAGUCUGUAAGGGAGACAUGGGUGGUGCCCGUACUUUGCAAAAGCGGUGGACGACGUUUCUCAAGGCCCGUUUGCUGUGCUCCAUCCCGGAGCAGCAGCUGCAUUUCAACCGGAUCCAGGGCUCCUACACGCUGAAUGGAGAUCACUGGCAGGAAACCAGUUUUUUCGGGGUCUUCCAGGCGCGCUGGGGAGAUGUUGACGUUUCCGCUGUAUGCCAGUAUCAGAUUUUGGACGUGCAGAAAGUGUUCGAUGGUCCCUACAAGGAGUACAGUGAGAUUGCCCAGAAAUGGAUCCGGUACUCGGACCAAGAGCCCGUCCCUCGCCCCGGAGCGUGUAUCACCGACUGGCACCGGCACAACAGCUUCACCAGCUCCCUGGAGCUGCCAGACAACACUCUCAACUUUGCCAAGAAGCACCCACUCAUGGAUAAAGUGGUAUCGCCACAAGGCAACCGGCCCUUGCUGGUUAAGAAGGAUGCCAACUUCACCCAGCUGGUGGUGGAACGAGUCCACGGCUUGGAUGGGAAACCCUACCAAGUGUUGUACAUUGGCACAGAGAACGGCUGGUUGCACAAGGCAGUGGUCUUGCCCUCCGGUGUCCAUCUCAUUGAAGAGCUGCAGAUCUUUGAGCGGCCCCAGCCUAUCAAGAGCCUGGUCUUAUCUCUCCAAAAGAGAGUGCUGUUCGUUGGCUCCAACUCCCACGUCAUCCAGCUUCCGGUAGCAGACUGCAGCAAGUACCACUCCUGCUCCGACUGCGUCCUUGCCAAGGACCCUUACUGUGCCUGGACCUGGAAUGGAAGUCGCUGCGUCCGCAUUGAUGCCUACGAUGGGACUUCAGUGUUGUUCCAAGAUUUGGGUACGGAGCCAACGAUGUGCAGCCCUUUGCGUGCCAGCCGGCCAGGAACCAAAGUUAUUGCUAAGAAUGUCACAGUGAUGGUGGGCACGGACCUGGUGCUCCCUUGUCGCCUCACCUCCAACCUGGCCAAAGCCCUCUGGACCUUCAAUGGGAAGGAACUGCCCGAGGAACAGACUUCGGUCCUCUAUGACACCCACCUCCAGGCCUUGAUCAUCUUGAGCGUGGGCCCAAGGCAGGGAGGCAAGUACAGGUGCAUCCAGUUGGAGGAACUGAAUGAACUGAUGGUUGAGAGCUACGUGGUCACGGUAGUGUCUGACCCAGCCACCUCCUUGGAAGCCCGGGCUCCGCUGGAGAACUUGGGCCUGGUGUGGAUGGUGGUGAUCGCUCUGUCGGCUGUCUGCUUGGUGCUUCUGCUGGUGGUGUUGUCCUUGAGGCGCCGGCUGAAGGAAGAACUUGAGAAGGGCUCCAAGACCAUUGAGAGUACCUUGGUCUACCCCAUUGAGCUGCCCAAGGAAGCCAAGAGUCCCACCUUCAUUCCCAGCACCACCUCGGACUCAGAUGAGAAACUUUGGGACCCGGCCAGCUAUUACUAUUCAGAUGGCUCCCUUAAGAUUGUCCCGGGGCAUGCCGUGUGCCAGAAUGGAGGUACCACUCCAUCUCCCACCACCAACGGCAUCCCCGGCCAGCCGCUGCAGUCGCCGCCUCUCCAUUCGCCCAACCGCAUCAACCUGGGCAACAUCCGCGGCUCUUCCUCCAACGGCUACAUCCGCCUCAACCUGGGUGCCGAGGAGCGGCCGGACUACAGUGACUUGGCGGAAGAGCUGCGCAGGAAGCUCAAGCAGAGGCAAGCGUUGCCGGACUCCAACCCAGAAGAGUCGUCGGUAUGAGCUACACCGAUGUUCACCCACAUAUCACUCAACUACCUCAUUAACAAGGCUGGGAUCACUGCCUUGGCUGGGACUAUGACCUUUUUAUUAAAAAGAAAAAGCGAAACAGAGAAAAUAAUCAUCCUAUUUAAGGACUUUUUUGGACCUGGUGAGUUUUCUAACAACCACUGCGCAUUUACCAGUUUUUUUACACUGCCAAGGCACUCUCUUCCCCCGAUGCGCCUCUUAUCGUCCAGUGUUUUCAGCCGUGCUUCCUUCUGGGACAUGCCUAGGACUUUGUGGGAGGUGGUUUCACUCUUCCUUUGCCUUUGGACGGUCAGUUUGGCCUCACUACAGACUUAGCCAUGGACGAUGGACGGAUGGACGGACUUGCUGGGUUGUCUUGAUUGUCAGAGUGGCCCUGUGACGUAACGUAACAGUGAUGCUGUGAACGGUCAUUGGAAAAAGCAGGGUGGAUCCAGCUGCAUUUUGGCUCCAUACUUUUCUGUUCCCCCUUCCAAUUUUUUGAUACUGACCAGUGAUGACCGGCUGUAUGCAAUAUUUGGGCCGGGGCUAGUUGCGCGCCUUUUUUAUUCUUCCCAAAGGAAAGGCUGAAGACUAGAAUGAUGGUUUGUAAAUCCCCCUUUCCCCAAAUUUUCUCUAAAGGAGAACCAUCCCAAGGAGCAGGUGUUGGCAAAAGGUGGCCCAAAGAGGAGAUGCGGAGGAGACUCCCUUGUCUAUAACAUGGCUGAGAAGGUGGAGAUGCAAGCGUAGAGGUUGGGAGAAAGCUUCACCUGGAAAAGGGCUAUAUUCCUCAAGGGGGGUGAGCUUAAAAGGUAGGGAUGGGGAGGGCAAAAGGGUUGGACAAAGAUUGUGGUGGAAGCUGAGUUUAAAUUGCACUCCUGCCCCAUGCACGCCUUGAUCGCAAAUUGUGCAUUUCAAGUUGUACACAAGGACGUGUGUCUGGUAGCUCACUUAGGUUGGUCUGUGUAUCUCACAAAUCUGUGUGUGUGAGUGUGUGUGUAUGUGCGCGCAUGAGAGAGAGAGAUUACUUUUUUUAAAACAAAACAAAAAAAUCCACUGCUGAGACUGAACUGAGCUUCCUUUGCCUUCCUUUUGGAGGUGGGGAGCAUGCCAUGUAGAUAUCCUUGUUUCCCCCCCCCAUGCCCCUGGCUGUGGCCCUGCCUGGUAGCCAAGCUCUCUGCCCAGCCAGACCCUCCCCUGGUCCUGCAUGCCUCUUCACUUGGCUCCCUUCUUUUACCCCCUUUUUUAAAAUAAAAAUAAAAUUAAAAUAAAAUUCUGUAAAUAAUAAGACAGGCGUCUUUGAUCAAGAGAGCCUCUCGCUUGCCCCCGGGCCCAUCACUCGUGUAAUUUAUUUGUUACUGAAAUAUAUUUAUUGGAUGUAAAUAGCUGAAUAUUUUUAUAUGAAUAAUAAAAUGGAGAUUACAAAAAAUGG